CCUCCUUUUAAUCCUCUUUCUUCUCCCAACUCUUGUUUUUUAAUUUUCUCAUGGCCUCUCGUGUACUUUUCAACUCGCAAUUGUCACAGAUUGCAAAGCGCUCUGGUGUUCGCUACCAGUCUCAGUUUGCUGCUGAACGUGACGCAGUCAAGCACCAUGCUGGCGACGCGGCUGAAACAUGGAAGAAGAUUAGCUUAUUUGUGUGCAUUCCUGCUCUUUUGGGCUCUGGUAUCAAUGCGUACAACCUUAUGAAGGCCCACGAAAAGCAUCAGGCCGAGCACCCGCACGAAUGGGUGCAGUACCCAUACAUGAACUGGCGCGUCAAGGACUACUUCUGGGGCAAGGAUUCGCUCUUCUUUAACCCCAAGGUUAACCACUCUGCUGAAGACGCCUAAAGAGCAAAAGAGGCCCUUUUUAUAUUAGAAGCUAAAGACAUAUUUACAUUGGCUUGUAUUCAAAGUCGUAUCGACUCAGUAAAUGGGGAAUCGCAGAUAAUUGCGCACCGUAACGCGCGGC